GCCCUCCCGCCCGGCCGUCCGCCAUAUUGGCUCCCGCGCCGCAGCUAUUGCGUGUUUGUCCCUGCAGCGCCAACGGAUCCUGCCCUGGGGCGGCCCAGCAAAGCAGGGAGGAGUCCUUUCCCCCGACCCGUCUCCCCGCCAGCCCUCCGCCACCGCCCGCCAUGACGACGAGGCCCGGUGGCUCCUGAACGAAACCGGCCAUCCUUACCACAGCAGGGAACAGACCAGCCCCUCCUCCCGCUCAGCUCGUCUCCCUCCGCCACAACAUGGAGGCCGUGAAAGCUUUUAAUAGCGAGUUGUACUCGCUGAAUGACUACAAACCUCCUAUUUCAAAAGCUAAAAUGACACAGAUUACCAAGGCAGCAAUCAAGGCUAUAAAGUUCUACAAGCAUGUUGUACAGAGUGUUGAGAAAUUCAUUCAGAAGUGUAAACCAGAAUACAAGGUGCCUGGCUUGUAUGUCAUUGACUCUAUUGUACGACAGUCUCGACAUCAGUUUGGGCACGAAAAGGAUGUGUUUGCUCCUAGGUUUAGCAAUAACAUCAUUAGCACCUUCCAGAAUUUAUAUCGUUGCCCUGGGGAUGACAAGAGUAAAAUUGUCAGAGUUUUAAAUUUAUGGCAGAAGAAUAAUGUGUUCAAGAGUGAAAUUAUUCAGCCUCUAUUGGAUAUGGCAGCAGGAAUUCCUCCUCCAGUCGUGACCCCUGUCUUGCCUGGCACAACAGCUACCAUGAGUAACAAUACACCAGGCACUCCUGUGACUCCUGCCACACCAGCAAAUGUAGUCCAAAGCUUACCUGAUCCUUGGGUGUCGCAGAUAACAAAUACAGAUACUCUUGCUGCUGUAGCACAGAUUCUCCAGAGUCCCCAAGGGCAGCAGCUUCAACAGUUAAUACAGACACUGCAAAUGCAACAGCAGAAGCCACAACCAUCACUGCUACAGGCACUGGAUGCUGGUCUUGUUGUUCAGUUACAAGCCCUCACAGCACAACUUACAGCUGCUGCUGCUGCCGCCAAUACACUUAAUCCACUAGAACAAAGUGUCUCUUUUAACAAGAAGUUGAUGGACAGGUUUGGGGAUUUUGGGGAAGAAGCUGACAUUAAUGAAGAACCUAAAAAAGAAACACCAACUUCCCAGCUGCCUCUUGUAUCGGAGUCUGUGAACAAUUCACUUUUUCAUCAGCUAGCUGAACAAUUACAACAACAAAACCUAGAACAUCUUCGCCAGCAGCUUUUAGAGCAGCAACCUGCAAAGGCUAGUCCUGAGGAAACUCAAGAGGGAAAUUUUGGUUCUGAGCAUUCUGCGACGCCCUCACAAGAUAGUAACCACCAGCAGUUUUUAGAAGUUGAAACAAACCUGGACAAUUCAAUGGAUGUUCAACAGCAGGACAUGGAUAUAGAUGAAGGGCAAGAAGUUGUUGAACAGGAAGUCUUUGAGCAAGAGGAAAAGAAAUCAACAGUUCUUUCAAGAUCAAGAACACGUUCAAGAUCUCGUUCAAGGUCCCCAAGAAAAAGAAGGUCCAGAUCACGAUCUGGCUCUCGAAAGCGUAAACAUAGAAAACGUUCACGGUCUAGAUCAAGAGAAAGAAAAAGGAAAUCCUCGAGGUCAUACUCCAGUGAAAGAAGAGCUAGAGAAAGAGAGAAAGAACGACAGAAAAAAGGGUUACCUCCCAUACGAUCCAAAACACUAAGUGUCUGCAGUACUACACUUUGGGUUGGACAAGUGGACAAAAAAGCCACACAGCAAGAUUUAACCAACUUAUUUGAGGAAUUUGGACAAAUAGAAUCUAUAAAUAUGAUUCCCCCCAGAGGUUGUGCAUAUGUCUGCAUGGUUCAUAGGCAGGAUGCAUAUCGUGCUCUUCAGAAAUUAAGCUCUGGGUCUUACAAGAUUGGAUCAAAAAUUAUUAAGAUUGCAUGGGCUUUAAAUAAAGGGGUGAAAACCGAAUACAAACAAUUCUGGGAUGUAGAUCUUGGAGUUUCAUACAUACCUUGGGAAAAAGUUAAAUUGGAUGAUUUAGAUGGCUUUGCAGAAGGAGGCAUGAUUGACCAGGAGACAGUAAAUAGUGAAUGGGAAACAGCAAGAAGCACAGAAACUGUAAAAGAACCUGUGCAAACAACCCAGAGUACCACAGUUGAAACAACCACAGUUGCAACAACACAAACAGAAACGUACACACAGUCUGUUACUAUGUUACAGAUUCCUGUGGCUCCAGCUGUGCCAGCUGUUAGUUUAGUUCCCCCAGCAUUUCCUGUUACAAUGCCUGUCCCCCCUCCUGGUUAUAGUACAAUUCCUCCACCUCCUUUCUUGAGAGCAAGCUUCAAUCCUUCACAACCACCUCCUGGUUAUAUGCCACCUCCUGUUCCACCUCCAGUUCCACCUCCAGUUGUUCCACCUGUAGUCCCAACAUCUCUUGUACAGCCUUCACUACCAGUUGCUCAAGAGACAAUGAAAGAGGUUCCUUUUAGCAGCCUUGUUCUACCAGUUGGCACUCUUUCUAGUAGUCUUACCACCUCAACUUUGUCUGCUGGAAGUGUUUUUACUCCUCUUUCAAGUAACAAGUCAGAAUUGGAUGAAAAAGGUUCACACCUUGCAGACCUUCAGAUGUCAUCUGGUGAAAACAGAGCUGUUCUAGAUGAUGUUUCAAGCAGUUCUGGACUUAUUGGGGGACUACAACCGCCCAGUGUCUCAUCCAGCUCUGGGCUUGUGGGUGGAGUGCAACCACCUAGUGUCUCAAGUAGCUCAGGGCUUGCUCAGCCUAGUGUCACAAGCAGCUCUGGACUUUUGACAAGAGUGCAGCCACCUAGUGCUUCAGGCAGCUCUGGGCUUCUGACUGGUAUUCAGCCACCCAGUGUCUCAAGCAGCUCUGGACUUCUUACAGGACUCCAGCCCAUGAGUGUCUCAAGCAGCUCUAGCCUUCUCAUGGGACUUCAACCACCCAUCGUGUCAAGUAGCUCUGGACUUUUGACAGGAGUUCAGCCACCCAUAGUGUCAAGUAGUUCUGGGCUGUUGACAGCACUCCAGCCACCCAUUGUGUCAAGUAACACAGGGAUUUUGGGAUUGCCACCACCAAUGGUCUCAAGUAGUUCUGGACUAUUAGGUGUACCACCACCAAAUAUUUCAAGUGGUUCUGGACUUAUAGGGCUACAGCCACACACUGGGAUUCAGAGCAUACCCCAUUUAACUAUUGCAAGUCAAAGGUUGCCUGGAAUGCCUCUUGUAGAUAUCCGCCCAGGACUAAUGCCACAGCCACAUGGGCCAAGAUUUCCACUAAUACAACCUGGAAUGCCACCACAGCGUAGUAUUCCUCCUCCAGCAAUCCUUGACCCAUCACUUCCUCCCCCACCUAGAGCUCCAUUCCUUCCAGGAGAUCUUUUUAAUCAGACAGAGAGGCCUUUUGGAACUUCUGGUAGACAAAGUGUUGAUAACAUUUCUAAUCCAGAUAAAAGGUUGCCACUUGGAGAUGACAGCAUUCAGCAGGAAGGAGAUAGGGAUUAUCGCUUUCCUCCCAUGGAAAAUAGAGAGAAUCUUAAUCGGCCAUCUUCAGGGGACAUUAGGGAUUCUAUUGGACGGCCACCACUAGAUCCAAGAGAGUGUCUAGGAAGACCUCCAGUAGAUGGAAGAGAUCAUCUUGCCAGGCCACACAUAGAUUUAAGAGAGAACUUUGCAAGGCCAGGUAUGGAUACUCUUAGCCGGAGAGAGCAUUUUGCUUACAAUUCAGAUAAGCAUUGGGGACAAAGAGGAGAUUAUGAUGAAAGAGAGCAUCAUGCUUUUCCUGCAUAUGGCGGUCUUAAAAGCUUCCAGGAAGAUCGAGAGAGAUAUCGACAAACAAACUACAGAUUUGAAACUCGAAGUGGCCCUAGCUGGAAUAGGGGCCUGGAGCAAGAUUCACACAGAGACUUUGAUGACCGCCGUAGACCCUGGGAAAGGCAAAGGGACAGGGAUGACAGAGAUUUUAAUUUUGGUAGAGAAAUCAAUGGAAACAGAUUUGGGAGAGAGAGAUUACAGAGUAACUGGAUACCCCCUCCACACCCAAGAGCAUUUGAAUAUUUUGAAGGGGGCAUUUCUCAACCAAAAGCUGACAGUGUGCCCCAAGUUAAUGGUGAAAACGCAGAGACAGAGAGCCAGCCACCUGAUGUGGAGCCACAGGAUGAAUCGGAACUUUAUGAAAAGCUGGCAACUUCAAGUGACUUAAAAAAAGAGAAGAGUGACACAGAAGCUGAAUUAGAAAGUGAACCAGUGGUAGAAAGCACAGAAACUGAGGGGACAUAAUCAUCACUCAGUAGGUAAAAAGAUACCUUUUGUAAAGUUGUCAUCUCUCUCUGUAAUAGGUGAAUGGCUGACUGGACCUUAGUAGUUCACUUUUGUCUGCCAGAAUUAAGUUAAUCUAAUGUUCAUGUUCAUCUUUCACUUAAGUAGCUGUACAACUGACUUGUAUAGAAUAUUGUUCUUAAUUUGAACAUGGUAGGUAAACUUUUCUUUCUUUUUAAAAUUUUCUGAUAAAAUGCAAAGUUCCCCCACUUGCUUUUACUUCACGAGGAUAAAUAACAGCUUGUCAAACAAAGACUUCCUAUGGAAGAAAUGAAAGUUUUAGAUUGCUAUUAGGUUGGCCAUGGAAAUUGUUAUACUUGAAAACAGGUGCUGGUGUAUCUUGUUCAGGUUUUUAGGCUACUGCAGAUUUUUAAAACAUAGGCAGAGCUGUGAUGUAUGUUCCUGCAGUUUGGCAAAAGGAGCAUAAAUAAUACAGAGAUGGGGUGUUCUUGAAAUGUCUGCAUUCUAGUCUCUGUUUCUUAAAAGUAAGUGUUCGUGAUUGUUUCUCAUACUGCAGUGGGUAAAAAAAAUUGCAAAUUAACAUACGUUUUAAUGUUUUUUUUUAGAUGCCAAUAAAGCAUUAUUUGUUUGAUAAGCAUUCUAGGCAUUGUAUUUUUUAUAUACAAUCUAUAAAAUUCUGGAUGAACUGUGCUUUACUAAUUGUUGCAAAAGGUUAAUAGUACCCUUGUAAGACCAGUGCAACAAUUAAAUGUGCUACAAAAAGCAUAUGCCUUUCUACUAAAAAAAUCAUGGAAUCACAUUAGUUUGUGUAUAACAUUAUGUAUGUAAAUAUUUGUGUAAAACUGUAUGUAGAUACCGCUGUUUCUGUGUGUGAUAGUGUAUGUGCACGCACUCACAGAAUAAUGUAGACAGUUAAAUAAAACUGAAAUGGAAUUAGGUUAUAAAAUGAAAA